CCAAUCGCAUACAAGCUUGGUAAAAUAUGAAAAUGGCGGCUCUCUGUAGUGAGUUUGGAGACCUGAUGCUAAUCAAGAAACAGCUAAUAUCGGUGAUAUCGCUUUGUAAAGAAAGAGGACUUUUACACAGCGCGAAAUGGGCUUCUGAGUUGGCAUUUGCUUUGGAGCCUCUUCCCAAAGAUGAAUUACCCCCAUCGCCUCCUUUUACUGAGGAAGAUGCACAAGACCUGGAUGCACUUACACUGGCCAAAUCCUACUUUGACCUGAAAGAGUAUGACCGUGCCGCUUACUUUCUGAAAGGCUGCUGCAGUCAGAAGGCUUAUUUCCUCUAUAUGUAUUCUCGCUACCUGUCAGGUGAGAAGAAAAAGGACGAUGAGACUGUGGACAGCCUGGGUCCUCUGGAGAAGGGUCAGGUGCGCAAUGAAGCCUUGCGAGAACUGAGGGUUGAGCUCAGUAAGAAGCACACAGCAGGAGAGUUGGACGGGUUCACCCUGUACCUGUAUGGGGUGGUGCUACGAAAGCUGGAUCUGCUGAAGGAGGCAGUGGAGGUGUUUGUUGAGGCAAUUCAUGCGCUUCCUCUUCAUUGGGGAGCCUGGCUGGAGCUUAGUAACCUUGUCACCAACAUUGAAAUGCUGAAGUCACUGUCCCUGCCAGACUGCUGGAUUAAAGACUUCUUCAUGGCCCACAUGUACACAGAGCUGCAGAUGAUCAAAGAAGCGCUGCAGAAAUACCAGAACCUCAUGGAGGCCGGCUUUUCGAAGAGCACCUACAUCAUCUCACAGAUUGCCGUGGCCUACCACAACAUCAGAGAUAUUGACCAAGCUUUGGCUCUCUUCAACGAGUUGAGGGAGCAGGAUCCGUAUCGCAUCGACAACAUGGACACAUUCUCCAACCUGCUCUAUGUCAAAAGCAUGAAGCCAGAGUUGAGCUACUUGGCCCACAACCUGGUGGAGAUCGACAAGUACAGAGUGGAGACAUGCUGUGUUAUCGGUAACUAUUAUAGCUUACGCUCUCAGCAUGAGAAGGCAGCUCUGUACUUCCAGCGGGCCCUCAAACUGAACCCUCGAUGCCUCGGUGCCUGGACUCUCAUGGGCCACGAAUACAUGGAAAUGAAGAACACCUCAGCUGCCAUCCAGGCCUACAGGCAUGCCAUUGAAGUGAACAAGCGAGACUACCGUGCCUGGUAUGGCCUGGGUCAGACAUAUGAGAUCCUCAAGAUGCCCUUUUACUGUUUGUACUAUUAUCGAAAAGCUCACCAGCUCAGGCCUAAUGACUCACGCAUGUUGGUCGCACUGGGGGAAAGCUAUGAAAAGCUGUCACAGCAAGUGGAAGCCAAAAAGUGUUACUGGAGGGCGUACUCUGUCGGAGAUGUCGAGAAAAUGGCUCUUCUCAAGUUGGCAAAGCUCCAUGAACAGCUGAAUGAGUCUGAUGAUGCUGCCCAGUGUUACAUGCUUUACAUCAAAGACAUUUUCUCUUGUGGGGAGCAGCUGGAGCACGCGGAGGUGAGCACAGCCCUGCGGUACCUGGGUCAGUACUAUUUCAAGAACAAGCUCUACGAUGAGGCGUCCCUCUGUGCCCAACGCUGUUGCGACUACAAUGACGCUCGCGAAGAGGGAAAGGCUCUGCUGAGGCAAAUUUCACAAGUCAGAGAUCAGAUCGAGACGCCAUCAGCAGAUCUGUUCGCGCCGCUCUCAAACAACAACACUCCCGUCAGGAGGGUGUCUCCGCUGAACCUUAUCUCCUUCACACCCUGACACCCACCCGCCUAUUCACUGGCUUUGUAAUGGACAGUUUGUAAAUCCAACUGCUUGGGGAGGUUUGACUUUGCCAAAAGACAGUGUUGGAAGGAUUUAUUUGUUGGCACAGAGAUUUGUUAAUGACAUUAAAAUGACAUUUGUUUGUAAAAGUUGCAAUCCUGAUCAUUUUUGUCCAGGAUAAGACACAAUGUAAUGUAAAAGCAAGCUCUUUAAAUGAAUGCCUGGAUCAGUUAGCAUAUUGUACAUACUUUAGUCAAAGCAAUACAAAAAGUGUUUGAAUACGUUUAAUAAACAUGCAACAAUUGUAUAAGUAAAUGUAAAAAAAAAAAAAAGCACAAAGAUCCA